CAACCAGUGUUCAGUCAAAGUUUUCUCCCAUUAGAAUCCUCUACUUUUAGUUUUAGGGCUUGUUCUUCUAUCUUUGUAUUUUUCUUCUCUUACAGCCCAUUAAAAAAAAAGGAAGAAAAACAAGGUGUUGGCUUUCUCCAUUUACUUCCAAACUUUACACUGUAAAGCUCAUCCUCUUUCUCUCUCAGCAGUUAAAGCUUCUUAGAUUUUUUUUCCCUACAGCUUGAAUUCUGUCUUGUGACUUUUUCUGAUUUGAGCAAAUUCAUUCCUUGAUAAUUUGCACCACUUCAUAAGCCUCUUAAUUAUCAUUCUUUUGCCUUUCUCUUUAAAAUCUACUGCUUAAUUAUGCCUUUGGUGAAAGUCUUUAACCCUGCAACCCCCUUUGAGUCUUAUCUCAAGACACGGGUUCCAUUGAGAUACAUAGCUGAAACUCCUUGUGGCCAUCAUUUUGUUUCCUCCUUUCAAUAUGUGUAUACUUCUUCCCUUGAAUUCUUCUGGCCUCUGUGCCUUCUUCAGAAUUGCCUUGCAAGCUUGUUUAAAUAGAUACAUAAGAUGCCAAGGCCAAAGGCAAAUACUGCUGCUGAGUCAGUGGAAUCUGGAGGACCAUUUGAGCCUGAACAGCCUGUUGAGUCUGACGAGAGGGUUGAUCUUGAUGAAGACAACGAUCCUGAGGAGACCAUGGAAGAAGAGGUGGAGUAUGAAGAAGUGGAGGUAGAAGAGGAAGAAGAAGAGGAAGAGGAAGAAAUAGAAGAGGAGGUGGAAGAAGAGGCUGAAGAAGAAGAUCAGGAUGUUGAAAAUGCCAAUGGGGCUGAUGCUGAUGAGACUAAACUCGAAGAUGGGGAUGAAAUGAGGAAACAUGCUGAGCUUCUUGCUCGCCCUCCACAUGGUUCUGAAGUAUAUAUUGGAGGCAUUCCACCUGAUGUUUCCCAGGAGGAUUUGAAAGGCUUUUGUGAAUCUGUUGGAGAAGUUACUGAGGUUCGGAUUAUGAAAGGCAAAGAUUCAAGUGAAAACAAGGGCUUUGCUUUUGUGACCUUUAGAAACAUAGAAUUGGCCUUUAAAGCCAUUGAUGGGCUAAAUAAUGCCGAAUUUAAGGGUAGAAAAAUUAGAUGUUCUACAUCCCAAUCAAAGCAUCGAUUGUUUAUUGGUAAUAUUCCCAGAAGCUGGGGCGAGGAAGACCUGAGGAAGGUUGUGUCAGAGGUUGGGCCUGGAGUUACUGGUUUGGAAUUAGUGAAGGAUAUGAAGAACUCAAGUAAUAACAGGGGAUUUGCCUUUGUUGAGUACUAUAACAAUGCAUGUGCUGAUUAUUCAAGGCAGAAGAUGAUGAACCCGGAAUUCAGGCUGGGUGAUAAUGCUCCUACUGUGAGCUGGGCUGAUCCUAAAAAUGCUGAUUCUUCUGCUGCUUCUCAGGUAAAGGCAGUUUAUGUAAAGAAUUUGCCAAAGAAUGUGACACAAGAUCAGUUAAAGAAGCUAUUUGAACAUCAUGGAAAGAUCACAAAAGUGGUUCUGCCUCCAGCAAAACCUGGACAAGAGAGAAAUAGAAUUGGUUUUGUUCAUUUUGCAGAGAGAUCUUGUGCCAUGAAAGCACUGAAGAACACAGAAAAAUAUGAACUUGAUGGCCAAAUUGUGGAAUGUUCUCUUGCAAAGCCACAAUCAGAUCAAAAGACUUCUGGGGGGUCAGGUUCUAAGAAUUCAGGUUUUCUUCCUAGUUAUCCACCUCAGGUUGGGUAUGGUCUGGUUGGAGGUGCCUAUGGUGCUCUAGGUACAGGAUACGGUGUUGCAGGCCUUGCACAGCCCUUAAUCUAUGGAAGGGGAUCUACUCCUACUGGCAUGUCAAUGAUGCCAAUGCUUCUACCCGAUGGCCGGAUUGGAUACGUUCUGCAACAACCGGGAGCUGAACCUCAAAGCCCAACCAUACAUCAGAGAAAUAGUAGGGGUGGUGGCAAGACUGGUGGUAGUUCAAGCAACAGGGGAAAACACAGCAAUGAUAGUCGGCGAUAUCGCCCGUAUUGAUUGUUCAUAUUAAAUUAUUAUAGCGGUGGAUGGAGAGUGUAUUUAAUCAUAUUCCCUUGUAGUCUCCUCAAAUUGUUCAUUUUUCAGUCAUAAUCUGUUUAGAGUGUGUCGAAGAAAUCAUCUUAAGUUAAUUUGUUGAUUCACUCCUGUUGGUAUUCUUAUUUGUGUUUUAGGUGUGAUCUUUUUUAAUUAGUGAUAUGCCUAUGUUUAUAACAUGCUUUUGCUUCAUCUUCUUCUGUUUGGGUUUUGCUUCCGCUCCUUCCAGAUAACUCUUCUAACCGGGGUUUGCGGUGGUGGAGGAAUUGAUAGGAAAAAAGAGGGAUUAUGAGUUGUAAGGAAUCUAAGGAAACCGAUGCUGGAAUUAAGAUCUCAUUCAAAGAAAAAGAUAUCAAGUAUCUGGAGUUUUGUUUAUUUAUUUAUUUAUAUUAUAUGGAUGAUUCGAACCGCAAGGCUAUGAUUGAGAAUUGAUUAAUUGUUUUUUUGCGAGUAAGAGGUGAAACAUAAUCAAUUUGAAUUCGGACAGCUAUUCAAAAUCUCGGUGGAAGACUGCUGCUCAUCCCUUUUCCCAGCAUUCUUCUUGAGCUGUGCAAGAAGCCCGAUCAAUCAUUUCUCAUUUAACAAAACCUAAGAAGAAAACGAUAUUCCCUUGAAUUAACCAGCCAGGGAAGUCUUAAAUUCCCAGAAUUCAAUUCUUCGAGUGCUUUCGAAGUUAUAAAAACUAAUAAAGACG